CAAAGUAGACGUGCAAAAGACGAGAAGAAAAGUAGUGGAAAAAAAAAGUCAAGAAAAAAUGAAAACCUAAACAAAAAAGUGUAGUCGAAGAAAGUUUUUCCUCCCGAAUUUUGCACAAAUUAUUGCCAUAAAGUGAAAACCAUUCCAAAAAAUUCCACCUCCAACGGCGUCAUGAGCCGCUAGGGCACGCGGGGAAACUACUGUUUUUGCCAUAGGAGGUUCCUUCCGGUGAAAAUCCAUCCCCCCUCCCCCAGUUGAAAGUGUCGGAAGGAAGGAGCGGAAUCCCAAUCGAAAGAAACAACACAAUGAUGGACAUCUGCCGUCUAGCAUCGGACGAUCAGCCGGACAGUAUCAAGAUGGUUGAGAUAGACUUCCAGGCGCUGUGCCGGAUAUGUGGCGCCCUGGGGGAAAAUUUAACUUCGGUGUUCGGAAAGCGAGCUGCCGACCGGCUGCGGGAACGCAUCGGCAAGUAUCUGCAGAUCGACAUCCUGGCGGAGGAUUGUCUGCCGACGAAGGUUUGCGACGGGUGCCGCGAGACGUUGGAUCGGUUUCAUGAGCUGUACGAAAAGUGUCACCGGACGGACGAGAAGUUCCGGACGAUGAUGAACUCGGCUGAGGAGCUGAAGGAUGCUGUGGCGGUGGUGGCCGAGGAGGAAGAAGCGGAUGAGGAAGAGGAGGAGGAGGAAGAGGAAAAGGAGACUAAGCUGGUGACGGAGGAAGAGGUGCUGGAGAAGGAGGUGGAGGUUGAGGUGGAAGAGGAAGCGCCAGUUUGCAAGAAGGCGAAGGAGAGCAAGCGAGAUUUGAAGCAGGAAGAAGCGCAGGGGGAUUCACCGGAGAAGCAUGGCAAACGCUUCACCCGGAGCUCCAAGGCUUUCACGUGCAACUUCUGCAAGUCGAACGGCACCAUCAAGGCGAACACCUUCGCCAGCAAAACCGCGCUGGUGGAUCACCUGAAAGACCAGCACUCGGAGCAGAUAUUCCACUGCGAGCAGUGCGACAACUAUCUGGAUCGGAACAUCCUGAUCCAACACAUGACCAUGCACGCCCUGAGCAUGUUCAGCCAAACAGGCCAAAACGAGUCCCAGCCGGAGGACGAAGACGACCACGAACAGCAAACGUCCGGUGUCGAUCUGGAGGAAGGCGAAGGCAGCCAACAGACGAUGGAAGGUAAGUCCGGCGAAGGAAUCGAACUGGCCAACAAAGAGAACGAUGCAAAGUCUCCCCCUGAUCCGCUGGCUGAUCCGGCUGAAGCGGCCACGGUUCCAGCUGCCGCCGACACGAAACCGGGAGACGUCCGGAAGCUGUACUGUUACAUUUGCGAAAAGACCCUAGCCAAUCGAAGCGCGUACUCGUAUCACAUUAACCAGGUUCACUUGAACAUCAAAAAUUUCUCCUGUACGUACUGUAGUAAAAAAUUCGGAAACCAAAGACUGUUGAACAACCACGUGGCGGGGGUGCACUCGCGCGAUCGGAACUUCACCUGCGAGACGUGCUCGAAGCGGUUCAAAACCAACGUCGCCCUGUACAACCACCAGCGCAUCCACGACGAUGCGGCCGUCAAGUUUUCCUGCACGUUCUGCGACAAAAAGUUCCGCUACCGGAACCACCUCACUAGUCAUCAGCUGGUCCACAUGAACGAGCGGAACUUCCCGUGCAACCAGUGCGACAAGAAGUUCAACAAUCCGGAGUGCCUGCAGAAGCACAAACUGACGCACGUGGAAACCCUGCCGUACCAGUGUCCGCUGUGCGGAUUCAGCACCAAGCAGAAGCGCUACCUGGUGAUGCACGCCAAGCGGAUCCACAUGGUGAGGUAAGCGGUUGGGGGUGGCGGUGGCAGCAGCGGCGGCGGCGGCGAUGACGAUAAGAUUUCAUUCCUUUCCCGAAGGAGGAGAAGCAGAAGAAGACGUGGGUGCGCAGUGUCGGACAAAAUGAGUGGGAAUGGGACUUGUCUUGACAAGGAUUCAGGGAAGUUAGGAGGGCUUGUUGGGGGUCUCAAGUAGCCUGGUAAGGUAAAGCACGGUAUCGACGAGACGGAAACGGCGGGUUCGAUUUCCGGUUCGGUCUAGAACAUUUUUAGCUUUGGACAUUUUUUGCCACACAAUAAACAAAUGCAUGCGUUGGUUGGAAUAGAAAGUUGCCAACCACGGAAAUGAUUUAAAAGAUCACCACUGAAGUAAGAGGGAGUUUUUCAAUGCACUACACGGCCAAUGAUAACGACCCCAAAUUGAGUUCAGUUUACUCAUCAUCGCCGAAAGUGCAGGAACUCAGCGAUGAAUAAAUUUGCCUCUUGAAAACUGACGAAAAUUUUACUCAGUCUAGGAGUAGUACCAACAGACUGAGUGAAUCCAAUCUUUACUUUUCUCAUAUUCGGGAUUUUUUCCUGGACAAACCGGGAAAAACAUGAGGCAAAUUUACUCAUCGCUGAGUUCCUGCACUUGAAAAGAUUUAUGAGUAAACUAAACUCAAAUUUGGACGUUCUCAUUGGCCGUGUAGGAAACCGAAGGUGUUUGGAGAACUUUCAGACAGUAGAGUUUGGGAACUUAUUCAUUGAUCUUCCAGGGGUGGAUUUCCAAAGAAGAUAUCUAGACCAACAAUUGAAAUAGGCGGAACAACCAAACGUAAACAAUGGCUUUAAACGCAAAUUUCACGAAAAUCUAAAUACAUCCACGCAAUCUAACACCAGCAUCUGAAAGAGGACACUUCUUUUAUCGAAUGGCUUUGUUAAUUUGCGUGGGUGUAUUCUGAAUCUCGAGAAAUUUUCGUUUAAAGCCAUUGUUUACGUUUGGUUGUUUCGCCUAUUUCAACUGUUGGUCUAGAUAUAAGGAUUUUCAGAGAUAAUAUGAGGACUUCAAGCGAUCUUUCAAGAGGCUUCUUGCCGACUUCAACCGAUCUUUCAAGAGGCUUCUUGCCGACGGUUGGUCAGAGGAUUUCUAACAAAAUGGAGAUUCCCAGGCCUUCCAAAGAAAUUAUAUGAACCUAAGGAAAACUCAAAUGGUACUCAACAGAAGAGUUUGGGAUUUUUCCAAUAGAAAUUUGCUGAACUUCAAAGUUCGGAAACACUCUGUCGGAGAAGGAGAAGCUUGAAGAAAUGUCUAGCUUUUGAAAUGAUGCAUCUACAGCGAAGAUAUGAGAAAAUCCAGCGAGCCUUUAUGAGACUUCUCGAUGAGGAUCGAAGGUUUGUUUAGACCCCCGGUAAUCUGACAGUUUUUAAUUGGCACAUUUGAUUCAUUUGAAAAGAAAUGGACCAUUGUGAACAGGGAUGCCACGGUAUUUCAGAGGAGAACUCUAAGGCGGUAAGCUUCAUCGAGAUUUUCAUAAAUCUAGAUUAAAUUGGAAUACCCCAUUCGGUAAGCACCAAAAGAGGAUACAAAUUAGGAAGCACGCAGCCAUUCUCUCUCGCAUAGAAGAGAAUGUCGAGGUGUGAGUGAAUUCAGUUGUCGACGUUGGAAGAAGUCAACUUCUAUUUUGUUCAACGAAGACAGUUCAAUUUUAAUAAAAGAUACCCACUGCCUUUCAGAAAACAUAAAACUAUGGAGUGAUUAGUGACGAUCCAGCAGGCGUCAUUAACUUUGAUCAUGCCGACGUGUUUUAGGUUGCUGGAUGAAGUAUGCGACAAGCAAUCUCUUAGGCAGUUGGAUAUUGGCCCUUAUUACGAGU